AUGGUGCAAACUUGUGUAGUGCGUGGUUGCGGCAGUAGUUGGCGUCCAGGAGGUGAUAUAAGAUUUCAUGGAUUUCCUAAAAACAGUACUCGGAAAAAUUUGUGGUUAUCCAUUGUACCAUUGAAAAUGAAGUAUUAUGAAAGUUCAAGGAUUUGCAAUUUGCAUUUUCAAGAAUCAGAUUAUGAUUCAACAACAAGGCGCUUAAAACCAACAGCAAUUCCUACUGUUAUAAUAAAUCAAGAAACAGUAUCACCAGGCAAGACAACAAGUGCAUUACAUGAAGAGUCUAUUGUGCAAAUAGCUGCUCUGGCUGUACCAAGCACUAGUUCUGACAUUUAUGAAAGUAGUUCUGCACUUAAGGAAACAAGAGUGAAACGUACUGCCUGUAAUAUUGAAGACCAAACUAGUAAAAAACAAUGUCGAAAAAUUCUUGAAAAUUUAUGCAAUCUUAACAAGUUACCUGUCAGCAGUGAAGACGACGAUCCCGUGAAGAUAGAUAGGGGCGUGCAAGUGAAAAUAAAGUCUAGUAAAGAAGAAAUACUUGAGAAGAAAACUAAGAUUCUGAAGCAAAAAGUGGCGCGCCAAACUAAAAAAAUUCAGGAUAUGUCUUCUUUAAUUGCAACUUUUAAAAAGUAUAAGGGACUAAUUCCUGCAAGUGAUCCAGAAAAAUUAGCUUCCGAAGCCCUCGUGUUUCAAAUAGUGUCUUACGGUGUACGUUUUAAGUGUCCAAUUGCAUAUUUUUUUCUUGCAAAUAACUUGUCUGGGGAACUGCUUUCCAAAUUAAUAAAAACCACUAUAAUUCUGCUUGACGAAAUUGGUGUCACCGUAAGAUCUUUGACUUGUGAUGGUGCAUCAUCCAAUGUAAAGGCUUAUGAAUAUUUAGGCUGGUGUGGAUGA